AUGACCUUGGUGGACGCUAUCGCUACCCGUAACACCUCACCUUUCAAGCUCCAGCUUCGGAGAGUUGACUAUUCACACUUCUGCAUCACCAACAUGGAGACCGAGCGACCUCCCCCAACACUGACCAACCCCCGGUUUACUCUUGAACUUGAGUUUGUCUCAUCUCUCGCCAACCCUUACUAUCUGUCGCACCUGGCAGUCACCUACCCGGGCCUGCUGGGGAUCUCCCGCGCCGACGACGAUGAUGAUUCCUCUUCGCCAGAUGCUCAGGCAUUUGCGGCAUACCUAGCCUAUCUUUACUCUUAUUGGAAGACACCGGAAUAUUCCCAAUUCCUCACACACCCUGGGCCCACGCUACGAGCACUACGAUUACUUCAGGAAGACACCUUCCGCCGUGAUAUCAUUUUACCCCAGGUCAUCGAAGGGCUGGCAGGGGUCAGUGUUCCUGAACCGGCUCAGGCUGAGGCCGACCCGGCAGAUGAAAAGCAAGAAGACGGUCAAAAUGGAAAGACAUGA